AUGUCUAGCCUUUUUGAUGUUCCCGGAUGGAAACUCGGAACCGUUCUUUCUCAAGAAUAUGAAGGAACCAAAAAGAAUAAAAAACGCAAUUCCGAUUAUGAAAUUCAACAAGAAUUGAUUAAUAAAAAGUCGAAAUUAAAUCACGUACAAAAAGGUAAAAUACAAAAGGAUGAAUCCUCAAAAGUGAAAAGUACAAACAAAAGAAAGACAAAAAAGAAACCUCUUAUCGACGAUCAGACAUCAACAACCAGUACAUUUCCUUCUCUUGCCACACAGUCUGAAAAAAAAUUAUAUAAAAUACACGAGAAAAAUCAAUCUAUAGAUGGCAAAGAUAAUAAAAUCAAAGUUAAUAUAAGUGCAAAGCAAAAACCAAGCGAAAAAAAAUUAACCCACCGCCAAAAAUUAAAAAAAAAUAUUUCAGAAGGAAGGUUUCGUUGGAUCAAUGAACAACUUUAUGCUUCCACUAGUUCUUCGGCUUUCAAAUUAUUCCAUGAAAACUCACAAAUGUUUGAAGAG